CGCCUCUCGUCACUGGAGGCGGCUGCUGGGGUGCUCCCCUGGGCAGCUCCUCCGCUCCCGCCCGGCGGGCGAGCUCCUGCCCCAGGGCGGGCUCUCACUGAAGGGCCACGGGAGGCAGGGACAGAGAGACGGGACGCCGCUUCCCUUGCCUGGGGCCGCCCUUGCUGUUUACAGUUGCUGUAGCUACCGCCGCAGCUCGACGGCGCCGGGCUGCUGCAGGGCUUGGCCGCUCCCCGCGGGGACCCGGGACUGCAGGGAGCGGGACGGGCUCAGUGGCGCGGGGCUGGCUGUCCAAUGCAGCGUCCUCCCGACAGAGCCGCGGGAGGUGUGGGUGCUGGAGCGGCUGCUGAGGGCCCGGUUUACGACACCGUGUAGUAGCAGAUGGAGGCUGCUCUCAAAGAGCCACUGCUGAGGCUUACAGCCCACCGCGCCCGCAAGCUUGGAAGCUCCCGCCGUGGCCGCAGGAGACUCGUCGGGCUUUAGGGCCCCAGGGGAAGGCUGCGGCAGCCAGGGCCCGGGCUUGCUCAGGGCAGUUAUUAUGGAUGGAAGAUCCUUUGCCUUCAGCCUGAAAAAAAAGCUCUGGGAUUAAAAAAAAAAAUGGAGGCACUUGGUAGUAUCCACUCGGGCCAUCGCUUUAGCACUGCAUGCUUAUUUUCAACUGCAUUCACUGUCUGUCUAUAGGGUGGAGUUCAGAAAGCGGGAUAUGGAAGCAGAUACUCUCAAAGAUGAAGACCAUAUGGCUGAGUGGACUGCCAAUGAUCCAGCAAGACUGGUGCCAUCUCCUAGCAAAAUCGCCGGGAAGGCCAUGUCCUUUUUGCCCCUGGGCCAGAUAAACAGCACAAAUGGCUCAUUCAAUGAACAGUUUAUACCCUUCUGCUACUCAGCAGAAAGCAGUAUGAUGGGCAGUAAUGGCAGCUCAUCAGAUAACAGGUUUCAUGGCCAAGCUUUUCAGGAUGCAAAGCAAUUCAAUUAUUUGGCCAACUCUGCUCUUUUUCCUCAUUUGUUGGCAUCCAGCGUAACUCAGACUGGAAUUGUCCAGGCCAGUAAAAGUAAUGACUCGGAAACACUCAGUCCUUUCUCUGCUGCUGCUCCUGCUCCUCAGAUAAGUCAGGAACCCCUACGCUACAGAAACAUGGAACAGAGCCCAGGGCAGGUGAUGAUGGAACAGAUGGAGCAGCUGCAAAGGCUGGUAACUGAACAACAGAAAAUCAUCACCUACUAUAACCCAGGCUUUUCAGUCUAUCCUGGCACCCCUUCCCAGCUCGUUGCCAUGGUGCCAACACUUCCAAGAUUUCCUGCCACUUUAUUUCCUGUCCAGCUCCCUUUGGAAAACUCUUCACCAGUCCAGAACAACGGAUAUUUACAAACCAGUCCAUCAAUAACGCAGACUUCCCUUCAGAAACAUUCCCCAGUGUCCUCACCCAACAGUAGCUGCUCAGAAACCUUAGGGGAGCGCCCGCAACCUCCAAGUCCAGGGAAAGAGAUCAAGCCAUUAUCUCGAAGUGAUGGAAGCCCCACAAAAAAACUUUCCAGACAGGUUGAUCAAGAAGAGGAAAUCACAUCCAGCAAAGAUGAAAGCCCACUAAAGGAAGAGGCUUGUCCGAAUACUUUGCCUGCCAUUAAGGAAGAAGAGGGAGAGCAAACUGAUGAACAGAUUCCCCUUUCCCCUUUUGGCAUAAGGAUGGAUGCAAGGACUAGAAACCUGGAAGACAGACCAAUCAGACCAGGAAUUGGUGUAAGACAGAAGACUUUUGAAGAAUUUGUUGAAGAACAACUUAAAGUAGAUUCUCAAAUAACAGACAACCACCAGCAGAACUUCUGUGAGGCUAAAAUGACCCCUCAGAAAUCUUUCCUGAAAUGUGGAGAAGGCAUUGCAAGGCUUGAAAAAAAUAAAGAAAACCUUGUGAAAGAACAAGCCAAACAUCCCAGAAGAGUUAGUUUUGAUUGCCAGAAUCUCUUCUCUUUGCCUCGCCAACAGGAUGCAGGAAACUUACAGCUGGGGAAACAUUUAAAUAGUUUACACCGAUGGGUCAGCAGCCCCACGUUGUUGGUCUCUAAUGAAAAGAAUACAAAUUGCACUAUCUCCAUGAAUGAAAUAAAGGCUCAGGUUGACAGUAAGGCAAGAGAUCCUGAGCAAUGCCAAGACGAAAGAGGAGAAGGAGGUGGUGAAGAAGAGUGUGCAAAGGAGGAUCCUGUUGUACCACAGCAGAUGAACUGGGCUGAACUCCCGCAGCAGUGUCAGGAACAAAUUACUGAAAUGAAGCUACAAAUAGGUGAGAAAAAUAAAGCUCAAAGUACUGAUUCUCUAGGACAUUCAGACAAAGCAGACAAACGUUCCAUGGAGUCUACAGUUCAAAAGGACCUAGAUAUUUUGGGUCAGCGUGUGAAGGGCAAUCUAACUCAGAUAGCAAAAAAGCCAUUGGAAAUCCUUCAAGAAGCUUCUAAGCUUCAGAAUUUUGAAGGAAGCAAAACCAAGCAGAUGGAUUGGAGCACAGGUCUCAAAUUCACACCAGGUGUGAAAGGAAUUAGCAGUUGCCACAAUGAAGAUUACACUGUGAGCAAAAGAGCAGAGAGCCAAAGAGGACCCACCACUGGGUUUAAGAUGAUUAAUGACAGAAUAAUGAAAGUUACCCACAAAUCAACUCAAGGCAUGGACAGGAAAAAGAACAUCACAUCUGUCAGCCACCAGCAAGAGUGGCAAAGCAGUAGAAGUGCUGCCAACAAGUGGAAUGCUCAACCUUUGUCCAGUGGGUCAGGCUGCACAUCUACUGACAGUGAGGAUGACCCCAAAUCUUACUGCUCUCGGACUCCGACAACGCAAGUGCCUCAGAAAGUAGGUCGCACAGACAAAAAUUUGGAUCUCUCUGAUGCUGAUUAUGCUAGUGAUGAGCCCAGUGACGCAGAAGAGCUGGCCCUGAAAAAGCACACCAAGCCACCUCCAAAGAAACUGGGUGCUCAAGAGAUAAAAGGCAAGCAGGAUCUCUCCCUCAGCACAAGCAGCAGUGAGUCUGGUAACGGGGUUGCCAGAUUGAAAGGAAACAAGUCUUGUUCUUCUCUUCGAAAGUCUCCCUUUCGGCCCCCAAGAUCUGUGAGAGGUGGAAGAGAGCCUGAGACAAGGAGUGAGAGUAAUAUUGGGGAUGUUAAAAAUGUAGAUCUGCAGUCAUCACCCUCAACAUGUGAUCUGGUGACCAGCCUGUUCCCUGCAUUCAAAAUUAAAGACACCUUUGCAGAGGAGAAGACGCAAAGAAAACCGGUUCUGGGUAUCAUAGAAUCAGCUCAGAGAAGGCUUAUUGACAAGUUAGAGGAAUUGGAAAAGCAGGUCAGUGUAUAUCAUGGAGAAACCUCUCUUCUAGUGAGGAUGAAAGAAGAACAAGAGAAAGCAAGGCAUUUGCUCAGAACACGAAUGGAUCAGCUUGAGACCAGCAAGGCUCAAGAACUUAAUCGCUUAGAAGAAUAUAAGAGAGACCACAUUCACACACCGCAGAAAGAAAAGGUUGAAUUUAAGAAGUACUCAACAGCAACUAGAGUCACUAGGGAGGAAGUAAAAUCAGAAGAAAUACAAAUGUUAAAACAGCAGAUUGCAAGGCUCCAGGAGGAGUUCAGGAGAAAUGAGUCCCGCUGGCAUGCUACCCACGGGAAGCUAAAAAAUCAGAUUGAGAUGCUGACCAAACAGAACCUGGAGCUUCGAGAUGAGCUCAGAGUUUCAGAGCAUCAGAGGCUGGAAGCAGAAAAGAAAUCUGGAGCUGUGGAUUUCAUAAGCAGAAAAUCGCAAACCCCGGUUUCAGAAGCUAUUUUGAGAGGGACAUCAUCUCUGGCUAAGCUAGAAGAAAGGCCAUUGCAAGGUAGCCAUAAGAGUCGCAGCACCACUCCGAUGGGGAGGAAAACGCCAGUGGAGAAACACUCCCCCAGAGAUGUGAAUAUGAAAGCAAUGAAGAGUACAGUGCAAAGGACUGAGUCUUUGAAAUCAGUAACCAGGGAACCGAGAGAAAAGACACCAUCUAAUCACUUUCAUAGCAGAAGUACAACACCCACUGGCAGGAGAACAUCCCAUCAAGGAAGAUUAACACCAUUUGAGCCAGAGAAGGUUAUGCAUCAAUCAUCUCAUAAUGAACAAAGAACCUAUGGCAGGAAGUCACCUGUACUUCCCGUCUCACACUUGACUGUGUCUAAGGAAACCAACUCAUCUUCUUACAUAAAAGGCAGAUUCUCAUCCACCUCAGGUAGUUCAGAGGACACAGUCCUCUUUCGCAACCAGAGCGAUGAUGUUUGUAGCUCUGCAUCCUGCAGUAACAAUGAGGAAACACAGGAGAAAGAGAAUCUGUGCCUUAAAAGGACUGAAAAAUCACUUAAACCUUGGGAUCAAACAGCCUCUGUGACACUCUCCAGGAGAAACAGCAUAAUCCCAAGUGGCAGCAAAACAUCAGCAGAAGGUUUUUAUGCUUUACUGGAUGCUGAAGCAAAGGUUUGAGCUAAUUAUAGGUACUGGCUCACAUACUGAUCUUCGACACCCAUAGCUCCAGCCAUGCAACCGUGUGCUGAAAUGUUGUAUCAUCAAUCCAAGCAAAAUAAAAUACACCUGGGAAAACAGAACUCUCCAUUUCAAUCUCCUUUCCUAAUCACUAGACUAUAUAACAUUUCUUUCAUGGGUUAAUAUUAAUUCAGGCCUUGCCUUCUGUUGCCUGAUGAAAAUGCAUAUGACCUUGUGGGGGUAGGAAGUGGGAUUGUUCUCCCUGCAAGACUUGGGACUGCUCAUAGCUGCAGUGCAAAGCUUAAGCAAAACUAAAUAUUUUUUACCUACGGUUUUGUUGCCACAGCUAUCUUCAGAGCUCCUCAGGGUACGUGUUUUCUGUCAUUGCCUGACAUUGCUAAUGUGCCGCAGAAGGCUUUGCUCCAAAAGCAACACUCUGGCCCUUUGAAGGUAUCUUGGCAUACAUUGGCAGGUAGCAGAGAAAACCCCAAAGUGUUCUGGACCACAGUUAGGAAAUCUGGAUUUGGAAGAAAUGGGAAUGGAAGACAAUUAAAUUCAGAGAGAAGGGGAACCACUGGUGAAAAUGCCACCGAGGAAGCAUGAAUAAUACAAAAGGUGAGGGAGGCCCUUAUCUUGGCAGGGAGGGCAGAGGCAAUGCUAAGGAGCUGCAGAGAGGUGCACAGCUUCUGGAAUGCUCUGACAAUUCUCGGGGUCCCCAGGAUUGUGGGUCACCUUGUUACCCCUCACCCCGCCUCCAGUAAGAGGGAGACUUCCCUGUGCUUAACUGGGUAUCAGCAACCUGUUACCUCCAGCCUGUUAGUCACCCAAGCCCUCUCCUCUGAGUUGUGCCAGCCCUUCCUUGCCUUCAGCUUAACAGUAGGUGCACCCCAGUCCCUGAAUCCCUUUCAAGUAUUUGCCCUGUAGCAGCCAGCCCCUUCUCCACUGAACACUCUCAAAAAUAUCAGGGCUGCAGUCCCCAGGGGAACAGUGUACACACCAACUUGUAUGAUUCAACUCAGAAUCAGCACCUUGUUUAAUACCUCAUCACUGAGUUUUAUGUAUAGUGAGAACAAGAAGUUUAUUAUCAAAGGUUCAAGAGAUAGUGGGUAAGGAUAAUGGAACAAAAGGGUGAUAUAUAAAACAAAAUCAUGACAUGCUUUCUAGAGACUAAACUUAACUAUUAGGUUAACCUCCUAUCUAGUUUAUCUCACCCAAAGCCUUUUUCAACGUCUUCAGCCAAGGCUCGUUAAGGUCCCGUUUUCAUGAAUGUAAACACACUACCUGUUUACUUCCUAGGUACAGGUUGCUACUUUUUGCCUUCUACCUAUAUCCUCAAAGUUCAUUAUCUAUACUCUGAGAUGGGAUAACCCAUCACUUGCUUUUCCUGUGUGCUCUUUUCUGUUGAUUUCAUGUCUCCCUGUUGACUUCAUAUGUAAAUGUGCCUCCAUUGUGUUAGCUUAUGAUGCUUAAUUUACGUGCAACAGAGAAACAGGUGAAUAAAUAUCUUUUUUUCUGACAGGAAACCUGUUUCUCCACCUCUGCUGUAAUACAGAAUCUAAGAACAUAUUUUUAGCAUAGAUAUGUAACUCCUUAUGUAGUAUCUCUACAUCCAUUUCACAGAAGUAUCAAUGGCCAAUGUGACCCUCGCUUUCAUUUAAGACCUCAUGUGACAUUCUUUGGUGAACCAGAACACACCAGGUCAGGAUAUUCUUGUGCCCCCCUUGCCAGCUGGAACUGAGAGGCUCGGUGAUUUUGGGUGCUAGCUCACUCUCUAAACUGUCUGCAGUUGACUGUUUCCCUCUUGUGUUGCUCACCUGAAUGGGUUACUACCCUGCCAGGAGAAAGACUUUUUGUUCCAUUGGAUUUCUGCCUCCAAAAAAAAGCAUGCACACUUCCUGACUGUAGCUAAUAUUGGUUCAGGAUGGGUCUGGACACUGUGGGCCUGAUUCUCACUUACACUGAGGGCACUUUACACCGUGGGUGUAAAUAUAACUUAAGGCCAUUUUAUGCUGCCAGAGCAGCCUGAAGGGGCCUCCAUGUAAAUGGGAACAGGGCCUUGUGUCUCACCCUACUGUGCCAUGCUUGUCUCCCAUAGUAAUGCUCUCCUGAUUACCAUAGUUUUGGCAGAGUUGAUUGAGAUUAGCAAAAAUAUUAGCAAAACUCUAUGUUCAUGUAACAAUAUAACAGG